UACAUUUUGCUCGACUUGACCACUGGCUUUCCGCCGACUGAGUGUUUGUCUCGCGUACGCGUGUCGUUCGGUCGAUAGUUUUAGUAGAUGUAGACACCAAUCAACAUUGCCACUAUACUAUAGUACUACACAUAGGCUGGAACCGAAUUUUAUGCUGGAGACAACACGCAUCGUAUGAAUUGGAUAAAAUCGAAAGUUUGUCUACUGUCGUGUACCUGCAACAAGUGUUCUGGUUUCCGGGGGUAAUCAAGCCAUUUACAUCUAGUCUGCCUUACAAUCGUCCUAAGUACUGCGUUACAAUAACGAUCAAACCUCCAGUGCAACAUGACAGAUUACACUCAAACGGCCGCUGUCACCCAGACAACAACCGUGACUCAACCAUACAUCCGAUAUGAUCCAACUUACGCCAAAACCAUUCCCGGCAUCAUCAAGAUCGUAUGCAUCGUGCUGAACCUGAUUGGGUUUAUCUGCAUAGAAGUGUCCUACUUUAGCUACCACUCGCGAGGAUCCUUCUUCAACACGGUGGCGAUGAUGGGAUUCUGGUUCACAGGCAUCAUGCUAGUUUUCUAUUUGUUUCAUGUGUGCGAAAAGUUUCACAAGAUUCCGUGGCUAAAAAUAGAGAUGUACUUCUGUGUCGCAUGGGCCUUGCUCUACAUGCUGGCUUCGUCACUUGCUGCCGCAACGAAUGUGGAGGCGUUCUUAGCAGCUGCGUUCUUCGGAUACUGUGCGAUGAUUGCAUACGGGUAUGAUGCAUUCCUGAAGUACAAAGCCGUCAGCGCCGGUGAAAUUGCUCAGGGAGACCGUGCCGUCCAUGUGGCACAGCAGCAACAAACAAUCUCCACCGUCACGACUUACUAGUACAGUGAUAGUGACAUCGACAGCAUUUUUGGCAUUUUCGCGCGAACUCGUGCGAGGUAUGCGUUUCUUACGAAUAAGAUAAAAGGUUUACAACUUUCAGUAAACAACCUCACUACCAGUCAGCAACUUGCAUAUAGAAUAGGUGUUAAUUGUAAAUUAUUUCGUUUGGUUAUUGUUACUGCGCUAAUUGAUUUCUACGAGGUUCAUGAAAUUUAACUACUCAAAAUUUUGAUAAUCUGAAUCUCUGAGUAUUAUCUGAAGAUUUCUUGUUGCGACUAGUACUAUAGAUAUUGAAACAUCAGAUUGCGUCCUUCGUUUUCGAAUAAUUUAUCUUUUGUACAGUCAGUUUUUCAAACGUCGUAAAAUGGAUCAACAGUACAUGCUUUAUUCGUGUAAUUCGUGGUCUAAACAGUGUAACUUUUUUACAUACUAACUACAACUCCACCGUUGGAAGCGCCUAAAAUGUAUAUCAGAGUAUAAAAGUAGCCCUACUGGCAAUCAGAUCACCAAAUAUAUGUAUUUUAAACACACUUGCCGAUUUAGGGCACGGUUUUUGAGAAUAUGAAUACAUCACUAAAAUGCAAAUAAUAAUUAAACAAACUGUGCAUCGAAUAGGAGAGCUUGAAACACAAUAAAUAAAAUUAAACAAAUAA